AUGCUGCAUGCGCUUCAGAAGCGAGGUGUGGUGUUAGAGCACAGGGUGCCGCUGCCAUCUGAUCCCGAAGCGGAGCUAGACAACAGCACCCCUGACAGCGAGUCUGUGGAGAAGGUGGAAGAAAGCACCGAUGAUGCCACAGAAAGCAGCACCGGUAACAAGACGGAGACGCCGUCGAAGGUGGUGGAUGUCGUGGACAAUGUCACGGACAACGUCACGGUCACCACUAACAGCACCGCAAACACCUCGACUAACGAGACGGUCAAGAAGGACGACAAGGACUGCGCGGAGCCGUUUCUUCAGUGCGGCGGUGAAAGCUGGAAAGGGCCCACAUGUUGCAAAGGAACCUACGUUUGCCAUGAGGUCAACGCUUAUUUCUCGCUGUGCAAGACAGUGGAGGAGCUCGUCAGAGAAAACACCACGACAACGACCACUACGACGACAAAUGCUGAUCCACAGCAUUGCCUGAACCCGUAUCAGCAAUGUGGCGGUAUCAGAACUGACGGUGUCGCCUAUGUGGGUGAAUCCUGCUGCCACGGUGGGUACUACUGCACGGAGGUGAAUACCAAUUGGAUGCAAUGCGAUCCGACGAAAUCGGGAGGUCCACACUUCGUGUACAAGCCUACGGAAGAGCUGAAGGAGCCGAGCAAGGCACCUCUGUUCACGUACUACGUCUACAGGGCCGAGUCGGAAAAUUCUGACUAUAUCGAUAACGUCAACGUUGGCAACCUUGCUGGCACGAUGUGGUAUUUACACAACGAGGUGGUGUGGAUGACACCACGAAAGUUCAAUAUCACAAGGCUCCAGCGCUUCAAAGUUUCGAGCAGGGCGACGCAGCCCCUCUACAAUUUGGGCAUGAACUUCGGAGUUCGUUACGCGUACGAUGCCGCACAGUGCACCGGACCUUGGAACUGCGACAUCAACUAUGGAAGGUAUGGCUACUUCGUCGGUUGCAACAACCUGGGGGAGUUUCCAUUCCCUACGUACAAAAUCUACUAUGAGGGAGCCAAGUGGUACACGCUUCCGGGGCCAUGCCCGGCAAAUACAUGGAAGGAGAAGGAUGCCGCUUGUAUCAAAGACCAGCCGGGUGGCCUCUGUGAAGGCACUCCCACGGGUGCUGGUGACUGCACAUUCAACAUCGAGCAUGCAGGGGAAAUCUCGAUUGAUGAGAUCGAAGGUAUCAAGAACUAUGCUCAAUUCAUCAACGAAGGGUACGAAGAGUUCAACAAGACAGACGACAAAGGAAUCGGCCUGGACUUUUGGAACAAGAUGAACGACACCGAAGCCAACAACGAAAGGAUGGCAAAGGUGGACAAGCUCUUCAAGGAAAAGUUCCCGGACUUGCCCAGCGAUGCAGAUUUGCCAUCACCAACAUGUGAUUUCAAGUUUCAAGAGUUUUACACGGGAACGACUACUACGACCACUACGACUACGACAACGACGACCACAACAACAACCCUGGCACCUCCUUGCACAGAUGCAGCAGCUGGUGAUCGCUGCUUCAGCGCAGUGCGAUGGGCCAUGCAACAUGGCAUCCAUGCUCACCCGGAGUGGUACCCCGGCCUGUCGACACAUUCGACCUUUGCUGACUUUCAGGCGCAGGUCCAUCGAGCUACGCCGGAUGUCUGCCCUGUCCCCUGCCCCAGCAGCUCAAAGCCAGUUGCCCCUGCAGCCCCAGCAGCCCCAGCAACCCCAGCAAGCCCAGCGCCGGAAGAACCAGCAGCGCCCGUGACAACUGCGGCGCCCGCGCCGGUCGCUCCUGCUGGUUGCCACGAUGCUCACCCAGGAGAGUCCUGCUACUCAGCCGUGCGGUGGGCAAUGCGCGAUGGAAUUCGAGAGCAUCCACAUUGGUAUCCUGGACUUUCGUCCACAUCGAGUUUUGCAGACUUCCAGGCCCAGGUGCACAAGGCCACGCCCAGGAAGUGCCCUCCACCUUGCACUGCCCGCUGA